AUGGACCUCCAAGCUUUUGAGUACUGCAGGUCCUUGCACCCCUAUUGCAUCCACCCUUCCAUCUUUCCGCGUCAUUUUGCCACAAAAACACAAUCCAUUAUGACAACCUCGGCUGAUAAGUUAUUCACUUGGACAAGAAAGGAUGUCUUGUUUGAAGUGAUUCGAUUGGGUUACAACAUAAUUUUCACGGAUCCAGAUGUACUGUGGCUUAGAAGUCCAUUGAUAAACUUAAAUCCAAUUGAUGAACUCACGAUUUCAUGUAGUGUGUUAAGUGAUGGAGAAAGUGGAAGUUACCUGUAUGAUGAGGGAAUAUUCUUCUUGAAAGCAAAUACCAUUUCCUUCGAAUUUUUCAACUAUUGGAAAUUGACCAAGAUUCUUUAUCCAAACGAUCCCGUAGAAGAGUCCUUGUGUACAACAAUAAAAGCAAGGCAAGAUAUAGCUGACUCGUAUGGCUUUCGGAUUCAUUUAGUAAAUACAAGCUCUUUUGGUGGGUUUUGUCAGCUAAAAAAGGAUAUGUUCAAGGAGGUUUAUACCAUUCAAGCUAACUGUUGUGACGAUCUAAAAAGCAAAGUUCAUGACCUGAGGAUUGUUCUAUAUGAUUGGAUUCGCUUCAGAAAACGUGCACCAGGGGACAAUGCUUUGGAUAAAAUGGCUUUGAGAUGGCCGCAGAAGUGCUUCAGAAGAAAUCAUACUUAG